UUUAACCCCUACGGAGGUCAGGACGGCUCCCCCAAACCAGGGAAGGAGACGAAACCCUUCUCUUUCUUUGGGCAACCGCCUGUCCGAGUCGGCCCGUGCAAAGGAAACGAAGCCCGCCUUGCAGGCAUGACGGGCCGUUCAGGCCUGGAGGACUUGAACCUGACGGGGGACGAAGUAGAGCGCCUGACAAACGCCUUCAAGGACCAGGGCUUCCGCACUCUUUUCGCGGAGUACGUGGCCGAACUGAACGAUCCAGAACAAAGGGCCAUUUAUGAGGCCGAAGUGACAGCUCUGGAGCGGCAGCGAGGCGUCGAAGCCCACUUCCUCCACCCCACGCCGGGCUGGGUUCUGCGCACGAGCCAGGCUGGUAGCCGGCGGUGUUAUAUCAACAUAUGCAGCAACCCGCUGGUAGGGAGGCCUGCGCCUCGGCCAGAGCCUGGCGGUUACUGCUGGCUUCUACCUCACUGCUUAGCGCCGGGCCGCGAGGAACUCAGCCGCAGCGAUCCGCGGGGGCCUCACCGCCUCGUCUACGACGUCGUCUUCCACCCGCAUGCCCUCCGCUUGGCCACCCGCCUAGCCCAAUUCCGCCGCCUGGUGAACGACACGGCCGUGGAGGCGGUAGAGAAAAAUUUCUCCCCGCAACUGGACCGCACGAACACCGUCCCUCUCCGCCGGACCAAGUACAAGGGCGUCCCGCAGGCCACGCUGCUCCGGACGCCGCUCCCCGCAGGGGCUCGACCGCCACCAGAAGAGGGUGGAGAGCCAGACGACUCCCCUUUGCCACCUUUCCCUUCGCCCUACAACUAUCCGCCGCCUAGGCCGCAGUACGAAGCUCAGAGCCCCCCGCCGCCGCCGGCCAAGCCGACCCCUUCUGCCACCACUCCGCGCUGGACCCUCCGGCACCGCUCCUACGUGGACCUUCAGGACUACCGCAACAGCCGGGACUCGGCGCCUAGCCCGAUUCCCCGUGAGUUGGUGGUGACCAUUGAGCUGCCAUUGCUCAGCUCUGCCGCCCAGGCCCAGCUGGAGAUCCGCGGCCAGGAGCUCCAGCUGGACUCGCAGCGUCCUGCUGCUUACCAUCUGCGCCUCCCAUUGCCCUACCCAGUGGACGAGGGCCGCGGCCGGGCCACAUUCAACAAAGCCAAGAAACAACUGGUGGUCAUCCUGCCGGUUUUGCGGAAGCCUGACUCGGGGCUUGCUUUCAGCGUCCAAGCUCCGCAAGAGCAAAUCAGGGCCUCACCGGAAAACAGGGAGCAGCUGCAGGAAGACUGCGCCACCGUUCCGGAUAAGGACGGUGCGGAAGUGUGUCAGAAGACCAGCCAUUCAGAGCAGGCGCUGCCCCUUCUUCGUGUGUCCGUAAACAGCGCGGCAUUGCCUGCGUCCGACGGACAAAUAACUCCGACAGCUACAACAAACGGUACUGUGGAUGUCCCUUUGAUUUCUGACGUGAACAGCCCGGUUCCGCUCAGUGCCCACGUGCGGACUACCCGUAACCAUCUGGAGUUUUCGAUGCAUGAGGGAGAAAUGGAUUCCACCGUUCCUUGUGCGUCUGAGUUUAGUGCUGCACUUCCCGUGUGCAACGAGAACAUUAGUCCAGGGGAUCCGGCGUUAACCAGAAGCAGUAACAACGUGAUCUUGGGUGCGCAGCCUGAAGGUACGGGCUCAGAUUCCCUUGCCCCCGUUCUGCAUACUGACAACACUUGGGAGCUUCCUGCAGAUCCUGUUUUUCCUGCAAAUCAGGAACAUCUCUGCACCGACAUGGAACUUAAUAAAAGUCCCAAUGUCACUAACGGUGAGCCCCCAUUGUACCAUGGUAGCAGCGCGAGCCCGUAUAUGUGUCCCUCUGAUAUCAGCUUGGAUCAUUCUGAGACAGCCUUGUCAGCUGACAGUCUAGAUCAGAGUCCAAAGUUUUCUGGAAACUCAGAUACAGCAAACCCCACUACUACCAACCAUGUGGAACAUUCUGUUUUGUAUCCUGGAAAGAGAGCUACUGUUUCUUCUGUUCAUCCUUCACAAAAUCUUGAUGUUGCUGUAGAUGCUCAUAUAACCUCUACUUGCAAUCCUGAUCCUUCAGUAUCUCCUGUCAACCCCCUAUGUCCUCCUUUUAAUUGUACUCAAGAUGAAAAGUCUUUGGUGCUCCUCUUACAGGUUCCAGAUAUUGUUCCCCUGAGCUUCCAGGGGGAAGUGGGCACAAAUUAUUACAGGGUGAAUUUUGCAAACAAAGACUCUGUUUCCUACAUCUUCCUCUUGCAGUUUCUUCCUGAAAAUAAAUUGUCUUCUCCAGAAAUUGAAGUUAAUGUAUCACCUAAUAAUGUUGUCAUUACCCUCGCCAAAUCACCUGAAACCACUGGAAUUUGGACAAAGCUCUACUUUGGUUCAAAUUAUGAUGACUUACAGGAAAGAUGGUUUAUCACUGAAAACAACGUUGAUAAGUUUGUUGUCAGUCUCACAGGGAUGUGCUGCCCCAGUCAAUCAGAGAGGGAACAUCAGCCACUAAUUGAAGUAUUGGAUGUCUCUGAGGGCAAAAGUCAGAUCAGAUUAAAGCAGGUAGAUGAGAAUGGUAGCUUUGAACCUGGCAGAAGAGAAAAAAAAGAGGGCAGCGAACAAGAACAUGGCAGCAGACUUUUAACAGAUGCAGAAAAUUGCACUAUACAAACCAAGAGUGUUUCAGGCUCAUUUGUAGCUAUGGAACCAAUGGGGCAAGUUGGCAAGGGAUCAAGCCAUUGUAUGGAACUUGACCUUGGUGAUCCCAGUGGGAGGAUUCCUGGGAAGUUGCAGAUAAAUGAGUUACGUGAGUCAGAACUUUCUUUUGCAACAGGCAAAAAAGCUACAUCCUCAGUGCAAGCCAAGCUUCAGGAGGAGCCUGUCCCUGUUCCACAGGGAGAGGAAGUGGAUGUACAUAGAGAAUCCUCACAGAACAAACAGGAGUUGAACAGGUUACCUCCCACUGUGUUAAAGGAAACCAACAUUCAAGAUGGAAGUGUGGAGUAUAUAAGCUGUCACAGAACACAGUGCGCGGUCACCUUUGAAAAUGCUUUGCUAUAUGAACUGGAUUAAAUUAGUUUGUAAGGCUCUUACCUGAGCUCCACAGCUACCUCAAAUUCUGUGCUUACUCUGAAGUGCACAAAAAGGCAAUGUCAUGCAGAAAACAAAAUACAGCUGUUGGGAGAAAAAAGCAAGCAAUAGAAACUACUUGUUCCAAACCUUUACUUUUCUUGUUUGUUCAAAGAUUCAGAUGUGACCAAUUUGUUACUGAAUUUCAAAAAGAAAUAGGCAGCUCGUUAAAGCCAUACAGAUUUCUCAGGGAAAUCCAGAAUCCAAACUAGAUGGGGUAAGUUAGGAAAGCAUACAGAAUCUGCAAACUAUCACAGCUUGGCUUAUAAGUAAACUGUAAACAAGUUUUUUUGUACAAACAUGCAACUCCUUUAUGAGCCGUGCUUAACUAGGAAGUAAGUUGACAGAAAAUUUCUAACAAGAUUGGCUGAAAGAGACAUAACUACCCAGUCCAUUCAGAUCUGCAAAACUUAAUUCUGAUGGUUUCCAGUUCCUUAUUUUUAACUUCCCAUUCUUCUGUUUUCUCCAGUUUAAAUGGCAAAUGAUAUCCCAGCAUUAAACGUCCUUCUCCAAAAGUUAGAUGACAUUUCACACGAGGCCUUCGCUGUUAGAAUUGCUUUCAGAUGUGUAUUUGCACAGCUUGAGAGUGUUCUCAUACUACUCUAGAAUCCUACAGGUAGGCAAGAGAAUAAAAAUACUAAUAUUAAACUGUGUUAACCAGCUUAUCUGCUUCCAUAUCACACACUUAAAAUGUUCGCAUAUUUUUUACAAUUAAUUGCUAUCUGGUCUGCAAACAUUUUCAGUCUUUCAGGAGCCUGAUUAAUGUCCCAACCACAUUGGGGAAAUUCUUCAAGUGGUAUAAAAAAGUGUUAACUAUUAAGUUAACUGUCUCUGAAACCACUGUAACCAAAUGGAUUUCUGUGUAACUUGGCUAGGACUUUAAUGUUGCCAGAUUGUCAAUUUCAUUUACUUGGAAAUAAGUCUGUUGUUUUCAAAGAAUUUCAAAGCUUAAUUUAAAUACAUUUUGUAAGCACUGCCCUAUUUUGUCAUACAACACCAGCCAUCGGCAGGCUGAAUUUGUUUUUGUUCAGUGUAAGUCAGCAAGUAAUGCCAUUAAUAGUCAUGGGAAGACUUACUUAUGCAAGGAAUAAACCGGGUAACUCCAUAAAAAUACGCUCUAAUAUAUAUUAAUAUUAUCUUAUCCUGUUUGAAUUUGCAGGUCACAACGUUAAAACUGUCUAAUUUCAAUCCAGUUAAACCAUCAGAAUGUCAAAAACCACACAGAACAGAAAAAUGUUCUAAAUGUCAACUUAAUUAAAUUUUCUUGCUUAAGCCAACUUCUAAUUAUGCCCCAAAAUUAGCCAUUAGCCAGCUCUACUAUGCCUUAGGUGCUGUUCAUAAUUUGCAGGAAAUUAUCCAAGUCUGAUGCUUGUGCAAACUGUUGUUCAGCAAGAGACAUCACUGCUAUGCAGAGCAAACACUACAAAGUCAAGAUUAAAGGUUCCAUGAUUUAAAUGGACUUUUAUCAUUGACCUAUGUGGUCCCUAGCUGUGCUUAGUUUUAACUGGAUUGUUCCCUUUUGCAGAUAAUACAAACCAGAAAUUUUAACAAAACUCCCUUCUCAAUAAGAAUGAUUUAAAAAGUCUUUCAUCCAUUAAUUUAUAAGUUCUGUCUGUAGUUCCAUAUUCAAAUGAAACUGUAGUAAGAGCGUUUAUAAAACCGAAUAAAUCCUUCCUUUCUUGUAAUCUUAAAAAUGUCUUUAUUCCAGAAAGGCAGAAAAACAAAAUACCGAAAAGUGUUGUAAUUUUUCUGUUAAUUCCACCUGGUUUAAUACACAUCUGGGAGGUCAUUUUCCUCAAAUAUAAUUUAUCUAUCUAUCAUCUAUCUAUAUUUAAGAGUAAGGUAGUUUGUCCCAAUUAUUUCUGUUAUCUGUACAUUUGUGGGAGUUUGGCCAUAUAAUAAAGUUUGGAUUAUUUUUUUCUAUAAAAAUUAAGGGUACAUUUUAGGAAGCUGGCAUAAUUAACCUUGUGUGGGUUGCUUAGAAGAAGUUUGUGAUAAAUUCUGCUGUAGAACUGAGCAUAUAGUUUAAUUAAAUUGCAGCCACAAGCAGGGCUCUUUUAGGAUAUUAAGCUUCUAACAUAUAUGUAGAAUAACCUUUCAUCUAUUAAAAUACUUUAGAAUGUUCUGAUUUUUUCUAACAUUCAAAUUCUAUACUCAAUGCUCAAUCUUUAAUUAUAUUAGGCUGCCAAAUCUGAAAGUUUAAUUGUUUCAGUAUGAGGUCAAUAGUACAUUUUAAAAGGAACUGUUAAUGUGUCUUAUUUUUAUCACUGCAUUAUGCUAAUAUUUCUAUAUUGAAACUUUUAAUUUGUAAUAUUAAAAUUCCAAUAAAAUAGAUCCUUUCAAACCA